AAGUAGUACUUUAGCGUUGUACAAGACGAUUGCUGGAACAAACAAGCAGAGAAAAACAGGGCUCAGUAAAGGAGCAAAUCCAAGAAAAAUGAGUCGCUUCGUGGUCCCUCUGUUGCUGUUAUCAGUUGUUGUGGCAGAUAUCAACUUGCACAAUCCAAGAGGAGGAAACAAUCGUUUUGAUGAAGAUACAAGAGAACGAAGAAACGCCAACAGGCUUUUUGACUCUCAGAACAACAACCGUGGUGGUCAUAACGUAGGUGGCUUGUACUACUACACGGGAUCACAUCUACAGAUACAAUGGACCAAUCAGCAUUCGUGUAAUGAUCGUAAUAACCACUGUGAGCUGGUCCUCCAGUACAUGUGUGGGGACCUGGUACGAGAUGGCACCACUGUAUCCACCAUUCCAGAGAAUAACAAGGACUGUUUGAACAAUAACUGCACUACAGACUUGAGGUAUGGAAUGCACGAAGACAGUGACUACUACUGGAACUGCAAGAACAGGGAAAGAAAUAAAGGCUUGUUUACUGCUGAUAGAAAUCUGAGGAACCGCGAUACUGCUAGAUUCACCCGUCAGAAUGAAAAUGGCCAACGACGAGGAUAUGAAUGUCCUGAAGAGAAAGAUUACUAUCCCUACUGGCAUCCUACACCAUGGAGGGACAUUGCCAUAUUCACCAACAACGCUUCCCGAUGUGAUAUGUACAGACGAGAAAGUGAGAACGUCAAAAAGAGGUCCAAAUGCGUCGUUUCUGAGGGAAUCCAGAGAACCCAGAAAAACUUUCGUAUUCCAAACAACAAGAAAGACUGUGAGGCUCUGAGGUACCUCGACCAAUGCACUGGAAACCUAACAAGUGGACGAUGGAUGCAAGACCGUCAUCAUGGGUUGCCUCCACCAGAAUGCAUGCAGUCCAUCUGGUCACGCGACAAUCACCAAGGCAACACUUAUGGUGGAGAGUUCAUGUCUUAUGACUGGCUUGUGCCAGAUACCCCGCACGAGCAAUGCGUGUUUAGGAUCAGGUACAACAUCACAGCUGGUGAAUAUGAUGGCUGGGAUCCCGCUGUCAAUUACAGGCUCAAUAAUGGAAAAAUUGUCUAUGACAAGAAGUAUGGGCUGACGAACGCAGACGCCAAAGCCCGUGGAUACCACUACAGGAAUGACCCUGAUGUCACGAUUUUCAAGGAUGCCCCUGGAUUCAAGCUAAAGAUCCAGAUUAACACUAAUCAGGAUGCGAGAACAUUCCAGGACAGGUCCCAUACGUUCUCGAUACGACGUCGUCCUUCACGCCUCAAGGGUAAACUAAUUCAUAACGUUAAUGUCCGUGGAAAACGAGGCAACAUCGUGCAAGUCUUUCCAUCAACUGAAUACGACUUUGUGCCUAACAUAGUGACCGUGGCUGAAGGCGAAUAUGUUCACUUCCAGUGGACUGGAUCCAACAGUAACCCUAACAACAAUGCUGGCGAAGGUCGAAGAGGUAGCGACAGGCACAACGUGCUACCAUUGGCUGAUCCAGUCUACUCGGAGGGUGUCUCACACGCAUAUACCUAUGGACACUGGGGACGAAAUUAUCCAAAGUUCCUGAGAAAUGCUCCCUUCCUUGGGCUAUCACGUGAUGACUUGAUAUCUCUUGCAAUACUGAAACCACAAAACUUCAGAGGAGACUUACAACAGCUUGAUGACACAGGUCCGUACUUUGAACUUGGUCCACGUGUAGUGAAAGGCAAAGGGACAUACUACUACAUGUCCACUAGGAAUAACAACUUCACUAACAGAAGCCAAAAGGGCAAAAUAGUAGUUAUUUAGCAUCGAACGAUAGUCACUCUUUCGAUCGUAAAUACAAGGAAAAUUUGCCUGGAGUGACAUAAAUGGAUGUGACUUUUUGAAUUUCAAUCGAGUAAUAAAUAAAGCAUUCUUUGAAUGGA